GCUUUCCACGUUUCCCAAUACAUUUAGUUUUUGCUAAAUCCAACGUUUGACGUCAUCAGUACAGUGCAUAACAUACAUCCCAUGUUCCUGUAUGAAGGCGUCUUCUUCUUCUUCUCUUGCACAACAACUCUAAACGUAGAGUAGAUAUCAACGACGCAACUCUCUCUCUCAAGAAACAAAACGAAACAAAACGAUGCAGCAAUCCAACCUACGCAUUGCAAGAAUUGCAGCCCAUAUUAAUCCUCCAAAUCUCCAGAUGUUGGAGGAGGAUUUGGGUCUGGAGCGGGUGAAUUGCCGAGCCAAAGGAGCAUCAUCUGGCUUCAAGGUUGCUAUACUGGGAGCUGCAGGAGGCAUAGGGCAGCCACUGGCUAUGUUAAUGAAGAUGAACCCAUUGGUUUCUCUUCUUCACUUGUAUGAUGUCGUCAACGCUCCUGGUGUCACUGCUGAUAUUAGUCACAUGGACACUUCUGCUGUGGUUCGUGGGUUCUUGGGGCAGCAGCAAUUAGAGGAUGCUCUUAUAGGGAUGGAUCUUGUAAUCAUUCCCGCUGGUGUUCCUAGAAAACCAGGAAUGACGAGGGAUGAUCUCUUCAACAUCAAUGCUGGAAUUGUUAAGACUCUUUGUGAAGCAAUUGCUAAAUGCUGCCCAAAAGCUAUUGUCAACAUAAUUAGCAAUCCUGUUAAUUCCACCGUUCCAAUUGCAGCUGAAGUCUUCAAGAAAGUUGGUGUCUUUGAUCCAAAACGAGUUUUGGGAGUCACGAUGCUUGAUGUUGUCAGAGCCAAUACUUUUGUGGCUGAAAUUAUGGGUCUUGAUCCUAGGGAGGUUGAUGUUCCAGUUGUCGGGGGUCAUGCUGGGGUUACUAUAUUACCUCUUCUAUCACAGGUAAAACCUUCAUGCUCAUUCACACAGAAAGAAAUAGACUACUUGACAGAUCGUAUUCAAAAUGGCGGAACAGAAGUUGUUGAGGCAAAGGCUGGAGCUGGUUCUGCCACACUAUCGAUGGCAUAUGCUGCUGUUAAAUUUGCAGAUGCUUGCCUCCGGGCCUUGAGAGGAGACCCUGCUGUUGUUCAUUGUGCAUACGUGGCUUCUGAGGUGACCGAACUGCCUUUCUUUGCAUCCAAGGUACGGCUAGGCCGUAAUGGAGUAGAGGAAAUUUACCCACUUGGACCCCUCAAUGAGUAUGAAAGGGCUGGUUUGGAGAAAGCGAAGAAAGAGCUGGCAGGGAGCAUUCAGAAGGGGGUUUCCUUUGUAAAGAAAUGAGUUAUGCCAUUGAUAUAUUUCAGUGAUGGUUUUCUGCCAUUUGUGGUUCAUUUUAGUACCGUGUUUCCUCAAGGUACCGGUUCCUUGAUAUAAGUUGUAUUUAUUUGUUUUAGCUGACAGUAAGAGAGUUCGAAUCUUAUAAUAAAAAUGAGGUUUCUUGCACAGGGCUCUGGGGAGAUUCAUGUAAUGAAUAGAUAGAAAUAAUAAUUAUAACCUCUGAACUAUUCCAGAGAAUACUUGCUAGUGCACAGGUUUGAUUUCUUUUUCAA